UCAGUCAAGACUCAAGAGAUUCGUGAAACAACUGAAGAUGGAAAUUGAUUCUGAGUGGGGGAAACUAAACGUUAAAACCCCAGAAGAAAACAUCUCAGUGAAAAUGGAUUCCCAGGAAUCCUCGGGAACAAAGGGAGACAAUGAUGAAAAAGAGCAGCUUGUUGGUAUCAUGGACAAAUUAAAUAUCGACUCGCCUUCGAACGGUUUCAAGAGGAAACCAGUUAUUAUUAUUGUUGUUGGAAUGGCAGGGUGUGGGAAAACCACGUUUCUUCAUCGGCUGGUUUGCCACGCACAAGCUUCGAAUAUUAGGGGUUAUGUGAUGAAUCUUGAUCCUGCUGUGAUGACCCUUCCAUUCGGUGCUAAUAUCGAUAUAAGAGAUACUGUUAAAUACAAGGAAGUUAUGAAGCAGUUCAAUCUUGGACCUAAUGGUGGAAUCCUUACAUCGCUUAAUUUGUUUGCUACCAAGUUUGAUGAGGUUAUUUCGGUUAUUGAGAGACGAGCUGAUCAACUUGACUAUGUUCUUGUGGAUACUCCUGGGCAGAUUGAGAUAUUUACCUGGUCUGCUUCUGGGGCUAUCAUUACAGAAGCAUUUGCUUCAACGUUUCCUACUGUAGUCACUUACGUAGUCGACACGCCUCGUUCUGCAAGUCCGGUUAGCUUCAUGAGCAACAUGCUUUAUGCUUGUAGCAUACUUUACAAAACGCGGUUGCCUCUUGUGUUAGCAUUCAACAAGAUUGAUGUUGCACAACAUGAGUUUGCUUUGGAGUGGAUGGAAGAUUUCGAGGCAUUUCAGGCGGCAAUAAAGUCGGAUACUACGUACACAUCAACUCUAACUGAGAGCCUGUCCCUCUCUCUUGAUGAAUUUUAUAGGAAUUUACGAUCUGUUGGAGUGUCGGCAAUUUCUGGGGCUGGAAUGAAUGAAUUCUUUAAAGCCAUUGAAGCCAGUGCUGAGGAAUACAUGGAAAAUUACAAGGCUGAUCUCGAUAAGAGACAAGCAGAAAAACAACGCCAAGAUGAAGAACACCGGAAACAGAGCAUGGAUAAGUUGAGGAGGGAUAUGGAACAAUCGAGAGGUGAAACUGUUGUCUUGAGUACCGGGUUGAAAGACAAAGAUGGAAGAAGAAAGUCAAUGAUGGAUCCUGAAGAUGGAGUAGAAGAACCAGAAGAUGAAGAUGAUGAUUUUGAGAGGUUCAGUGAAGAGGAUGAAGAUCUUAUUGACGAGGAUGAAGAUGAAGAGAUUGCCAGGUUCUCCUUCUAACAUAUAUAUAGCACUGGCUGUGUCAGUAAAUUCUCUUUAAACUUCGUCGAUGACCUUCACGGUCUAUGUGCGAAUCAAUAUAAUAUUUUGGGUGAAAAAUGUAGGUGCUAACCAACGAAUCUAAGCUCUGAGUUUAGGGAUGCAAUAUCUUUGAGCACAACUGGAGCAGUGGAGAGUGUGCUAGGGAACCGAAACCCUUUAACUAUGUUCAGGCAGUCCAUUUUGCCUCAAAACAUGGCUAUUAGGCAAAAGGUAAGAAUCAACAUCAUAUGAAAGAAUACGGGGCCAUAAAUUUAGAACAUGAAGGGCAUCAUUAUCCGAUCGAAACAGAUUGCUAAGGAAGUUAAAAGAAGGGAUAAUUCUCUUCUCUAAGCCAAUUCGAAGAAUAGCUGAAAUGAGAGUAUAGAUGGCAUCUUCCCGAUAAUGGUGAUUUGGGGUUUCGAGAAUGGCUCUUUAACAAGGCGAUGACAGAGUCAGGAUGAUUUGGGGUUUGAAAACUGACAUGUUUGGAGGCUGAGAAAGCAGAUUCUGGGGACAACCCACAAGUUUUUAUAAGGUAAGAGGCUGUAAAAGAUUGUUGAUUUGAAGUGGUGGAGAAUGGAUGAAUGUAUAAAAGAUUGGGGCUUGUGAAAGCUUCGAUCUUGAUGGGUCUCCUCCUCCCAUGGCGGAUUGUUUUAGAGAGAAAACAGCAUGGGGAACUGAAUUAUGGUGAGA